AUGAAGGUCUUCACAUUCGUCGCUGCUGCUCUCAUCGUCGCCGUCGCAAACGGACAGGCUCCGGCAGAUCCUGCAGCAGGAUCCCCAGCUACCACAACCACGACUGAAGGAACCACGGCCACGACUGGAGGGGCCACUGAAGGAACGGCCUCCGGAGCCGCGACGGUGGAUCCUAAUGCCGCGAUGAACGCCGACAUGAGCGGUACCACGAACCCUGGCUCCGCCGCUGGCCCGUCGGCAGACCUCACUGCUGUCGGUGGUUCGCCCACGGGUACCGCCGGAAGCGUUGCGGAUGCAGCAGUUGUGGGCGACUCGUCAAUGACCGCCGAGCCCGCACCGGGCGUCGCCGACUCCACGAUGGUUACUGAUGGCGUUGAGGAAACGGGUUCUGCCGCCGUGGAUUCUACGAGUCCUGCCGCCGGCGACGCCUCUGCCUCUGCGUCCGGCGACGCGUCUGCCUCUGCGUCCGGCGCCGCCUCGGUGGCUGUUGGCAGUGUGGCUGCCUUCACCGCUGUGGUUGUCACCUAUUUCCUGUAA